AUUUACACAUCAGAAUUAGUAGAGUGAAAAAAACAAUUAAUUGAGGGUUGAAACUGAUUGAGUGCAAACGUUUACUAAAAAUGCAAAUUAUGUUUGGAACAAUUUUAUACGUUUUAUUGAAAAGUUUAAUAUUGACAAAGGCAACUAUCGCGCCGAAGGAUGAUAACACUUCAAACAUCCUUCAGGAAGAGAGUAUUUCCAUGUAUCAGGAUAUAAAUUUCACGCAGGAUAUUUCAAUGUUCGAGAAAAAUAAUCAUCAUAUAGUAAAUUUCAAAUCUGACCGGAGUCAUUCUGAUAGUACUGUGAGAAAUGAGCGAGAAGUCGAUGAAGUUACACUUGCAAAUAUUUCUAUUAUCCCAGAAUCUAUUGAAAACAGUUUAAACAAGCCAACAUCUCUCAGAGCAUUUGUACAAUUCGACAGUCAAUUCACAGAAAAAGUAAACGACAUUUUUGUGACAUUGAGAUGGAAGCAACCUGAAUUUACCGAAAUAAUACAAGGGUACACAGUGCAAUGUUUUGUUAUGGAGGACUUAAAAGAGAUUCAAAUCUGCGACGAUAAAAAUAUCACAACAUUGGAGCACACGGUGCACAAUCUUAAACCUAAUACGACAUAUUAUUUCCGAAUACGUGCACAUACUGAAGUUAUUGCUGGUCUUUACACGGAUUUCAUCAAUGUGUCGACUACGCAUGAAAAUCCAAUACCCAAAUUAUUAUUAGUAACGGAUGCUGGCAUCCAAAUAUUGGACUUAGAUUCAAAUACUAUUAAUAAUCUCAUUAAACAAUUGGCCAUAUCAGAUGUCGCUUAUUGUGUCCAAGAACAUAAAAUUUAUUGGAUAACCGGAAAUGAUCUAAUGACAUUGGAGAUUACUGAAAAUAAUAUCACAAAAAUAGCUAGCUUUCAUAAGCUAGAUCAUAAGCUAUAUUAUCUCAGCUUUGACUGGGUAGCAAGAAAUCUAUAUAUGUCCUAUCAAGGGCCAGUCCGCUCUUUCAUUGUAAAGUUCGACUUAACAAUGUGGGAAAAUGGCAUAAUUAAAUUUGAGAAUAUUUUGGGAAAUAUGAAUGAAAUUUAUAAUUUAAAUAUAUUACCGUCUAUGGGGUACGUUUACUACCGUUCACCUAAAAAAAUAAUUUUAAUUUUAUAUUACACAUUAUACAAUUUGAUGCUUAGAAACUAUGAAAUGAUAAAAUAUCAUUUCCAUGGAAACAAGCAAAUUGAUGUUAUAAAUCCUCCCUCUUUCAAAUUUCAUAAUAUACUUUCUUUUAACAAUGUGAUAAUUGAUAACAUGAAUAAUGAAGAGUCGUUAAUUUACUGGUUAGAAAAUUGGAGUACAAUUGUAACAGACAUUAAUAUUUCUAAGAUCAAUAACUUUUUAUCCAAUCAAGACAUAAGUGAUGACAUCAAAUUCCAAUCUAUGACGAUUGACAAAACAAACAUUUACAUUUUAGCAUGUUAUUUUCCGUAUUCAUGCUCUGUAUUUACACUCUACGUUUUGGAAAAGAAAUAUGCAAGUCUCAAGAGCGUCUCAAAUGCAUACAAAUAUGUUAAAAAGAUACCAAUAAGCUUAGAUGAAAAUGUGUUUUAUAAAAAAAUUUACGCUUUUGAUAAAUAUUCACAAUCAUAUCCUCCAAUGAGAUGUCUGACACCUGACGAAAAAGUUUAUAAUUUUGAGAAUGUGACUGCAACGGCAAACAGCAUCAUUGUAAAUUUACAGGAGCCGGUUGUAAAGAGUGGAUGCAAAAAAUAUAAUUUACCAACCACUAUAUAUACUAUCUCAAUAAGCCAUUGUGUAGACGACAAUCUCAACAAGUCUAAAGAAUUCAAUGUGAAGACAGCCGAGCGAUAUUACAAGUUUCAGAAGUUAACACCAUUUACAGAGUACAACUUGAACUUUACUUUAAGCAAUUUUUACUUUGAUCAAUUAUCAAUAAAUCCAUUCGAUUCGAAUGUGAUACGAAUAAAAACUAAUUUGGGCAAACUUAAUGUACCAGAAAAUGUAAGUGUUUUAGCUUUGACGCCUACUAUAACAGUAGUUCAUUGGAUGCCACCCAAGAAAUUGAACUGCGUGGUUGUGACCUACGAAGUGCAUUGGAAGUCAGUGAACGACACGCAACAGCAGAGUAAAUAAUUUACCAAUGUGUCGAAACGUAUGGCAGACGGCAGAUUUUUCACAAAGAUUAACUUGUCGCUACCAGUACAAGAUUACUUGAUAUACGUGCGUGUAUAUCCAAUUAAUUUCAGCGAUUUCUACAACGAGAGUUUAAGCAAGAUCGAUCACAUAUACUCAGAACCAAACAAUAUUACUUUGAGCGAAGUCAACACAAAUAGCAUGGACAUUUCAUGGAUCUCAAACGUUAAUCUUACGGUCUUUCCUACACUAGAGUACAAAGAUAUUGCAGCAGAAAAAUGGCAAACAACGAAGUAUAUUAAAACGAAUGAUAACAAAGAAAGAAAUAUUAACAAAGAAAUAAUAUAUCAUAUCGAAAAUUUACAGUCGGAAACUUUAUACAAGUUUCGCUUGAUAUUGAUAUAUCCCGAAUAUGAGGAAACUUUUACAUGGCCGGCUGAUGAAAGAUUUAUUUUUUCAACACUUGGUGACAUUGAUAUGAAUUCGAGCAUUCAUGGUAAAUAUUACCUACCAUUGAUAUUAAGUUUUAUUGUUAUACUUAUUAUAACCUACAUCUGUUACAUUUAUUAUUUGUAUCGUCAACGCAGAGGUAAUAAUGAACAGUUUUUGUCUUCAACAAUGACUGAUAUAGAAUUGGAGAGUCUACAUGAGUGGCAAGUAGCUUGCCAAAACACUCAAUUCAAUACGAUUUACAGUCCUAUGUUACAUUAUAAUCCGGAUGAAUGUGCGAUAACUAAAAUAGCACGUAAACAAAUUAGAUUUACAAAACAUAUUGGUAGCGGCGCAUUCGGAAUGGUGUAUCAAGGAAAUGUGAAAAACUUAGAAAGUUCGAGCACAGAGAUAUCCGUUGCAAUAAAAACGCUUCGGAAAAAUGCUUCUUCCCAAGAGAAAAAUAAAUUGUUAAAGGAAGCCGAGCUUAUGAAUCGUUUUAGACACAAACAUAUAUUAAAAUUGUUGGGCGUUUGUUUAGAUGGGGAUCUUCCGUUAUUAGUGUUGGAAUUGAUGGAAAUUGGAGAUCUGUUAAAAUAUUUGAGAGAUUGUCGAAAUUUGGAAGCGUCAGAUUCACACGCUCUGCGUUUGCAGGAUUUAUUUGCCAUGUGCGAAGAUGUUGCGCGAGGCUGUUGCUACUUGGAAAAGUUGCGUUUCGUACAUAGAGAUCUAGCGUGUCGCAAUUGUUUAGUAUCUUCAAGAAAUCGCGAGAAUCGUGUCAUUAAAAUUGGAGAUUUUGGACUAGCUAGAGAUAUCUAUAUGGAUGAUUAUUAUCGCGUGAAAGGAGAAGGUUUGCUUCCUGUUCGCUGGAUGGCACCCGAAUCUUUAAUGACCGGAAUAUUUAUUUCUCAAAGCGAUGUUUGGUCAUUUGGUGUUUUAAUGUGGGAAAUUACUUCGUUGGGUGAACAACCUUAUGCUGCCAAGACUAAUGAAGAAGUGAUAAAUUAUGUACGUGCUGGAGGCAGAUUGUCGAUGCCUCUUAACUGUCCGUCAGCAUUGUACCAGUUGAUGCUACGUUGCUGGAGUGCAGCGAAUGCCAGACCAAAUUUCGAAUUUUGUCUGAAAAAUAUUAUAGCAUUAAGAAAGAACAUAGAAGAUGCCUUACUGAGUCCAGUCGACAUUCUUUAGCCGAUAUAAUUAAAUUAAUGUUUAUCUUCUUUUCCAAAUGAUUCGAUAAAUCUUAAUGUAGGAAAAAUAUAUAGAUG